UGUUUAUAUUUGUAUUAUUGACCACAGUUUCUAGUCUCUCCUGGGAUAGGCUAGAUGAACAGUACAUCUUAGCAGGGUUCGGAGACGGAACCAUUAGUAUACAUGACGUCAAUGGAGAGAGAACGGAUACGGGAUAUAAGAGCAAAGUCGAACUAAGGAUAGGACGGAGUAAUAUCUAUGCACAUUCUAGAGCUGUGGAAACUGUCUGUUGGUAUGUGGAUAACGGAAUGUUUCUGUCCUCUGGUCGGGACGGAAAACUUCAGGUGUGGGAUUCUGACCGAGGGAUUGUUGUUGAAGAAUUUUCAGUUGGUGAGCCGAUUAACAAGCACUGUAUUGGUGAACCAGAGGUUGGAGCUCUGGUAGCAGUUGCUGCACGGACAAAUCAUCUUCAACUUGUGGACCUUAGAACUGGAUCUACUUGUCAUACCCUUGGAAGUCGGACUCUAGGUGGUCAUGCUCUCCAAGGUCACUCCGGCGAGGUUAACUGCUGCGCCUGGUCCCGAGCUGACCCCUGGGUGCUAGCCUCGGGGUCAGCAGAUAAGAAAAUAAUGUUGUGGGAUGUCAGGCAGUCCCGUAGCUAUCUUACUUACCUUGAUUAUAAUAAUGUAAGAUACAAGAAGAAAAAAGAUAUAAAACUAGCGAAUAUGUCUCACCAGUCCGGUGUACAUGGGUUGGUAUAUUCGAGCUGUGGACGAUUUCUUUACUCCCUUGGAAAUGAUAAACGCAUUAGAAAGUGGGACACGGUGACAUCUAAGAAUCUGAAAACUAAAUUUCCUGAAGUUGAAACUAAGUGCAGAGGAAGUAUAGACCUAGUCUCGGUUGAGGACGGAGUCAAAGAUCUUCUCUUUGUUCCGGAAAACAGCAAAAUCGCAGUUUUUGACGCGGGAUCAGGAUGUAAGCUGUCCAGCCUGGAUGGACACCUUUAUAAUGUCAACUGUUUGGAUCUGGGUCGAGCCAAGGUUCAGCUUUACUCAGGGGGUAGGGAUAGGUUUAUUCUACAGUGGGAUACUCCUUUACAGAUCGCUGCGGCUAGAGCUUCAAAGGAAGAACAUCGUGAAGAGAGGAAGGAUAUAAAUCCGUAUACAGUUGACACAUGGACAUCGGAUGAAGACGAGGAUGAGGACGGAUAAGAGAGGAUGAGGAUGAGGAUGAGGAUGAGGACGAGGACGAGGACGAGGACGAGGACGAGGACGAGGACGGGCUAUCAAAAAUACAAGAUUCAAUUUUAGAUAUCUUUCAUCGUCCUUACAACCGAAAUAAGCACUAAACAAAUUUAUUUUUGUUUCACUAAAUUUUAUAUAUUAAAUAUUAAUCAAAUAAAUUUCAGAAAAA